AACACUUGAACGCGUCUUACCUGCAAGAUCAUGAACUUUUUAGCAUUGACCUCAACGCAGCAGAUACAGGAGUGCAACCGAAGCAGAAUCUUCCACGUGCAGCGGCCACAUCUGGGCAAGAGAGGAAGGACUGUAAUUGCUAA